AUGCUGCGAGAACCUCGCGGGAGAAGCACGGCCACUACUCACUUCUUCCAGUUUCCAGCGGUUGAUGAGACGGAGAUAUGCACCCGGCCGGCCAAGCAGCCAAGGACCGAGUCAGAGUGGGAGAACAGCUUCACCUUCAAGAUGUUCCUUUUCCAGUUCGUUAAUCUUAACAGUUCAACCUUCUACAUCGCCUUCUUUUUGGGAAGAUUCACUGGCCGGCCGGGUGCAUAUCUCCGUCUCAUCAACCGCUGGAAACUGGAAGAAUGCCACCCCAGCGGAUGUCUGAUUGACCUCUGUAUGCAGAUGGGGAUUAUAAUGGUGCUAAAACAGACAUGGAACAACUUCAUGGAGCUGGGCUGCCCGCUGGUCCAGAACUGGUGGACUAGGCGGAGGCUGAGGAGGGAGCACAGUCACAUUGCCAAGGCCAGUUUCCCACAGUGGGAGAGAGACUAUAACCUGCAGCCCAUGAAUGCCUACGGACUCUUUGACGAAUACUUGGAAAUGGUUUUACAGUUCGGCUUCACCACCAUCUUCGUGGCCGCCUUCCCUCUGGCUCCUCUCCUGGCGCUGAUCAACAACGUCAUCGAGAUCCGUCUGGACGCCUACAAGUUUGUCACCCAGUGGCGGCGACCCCUGCCGUCGCAGGCCAAAGACAUAGGAAUCUGGUACGGCAUUCUGGAGGGCAUCGGCAUCCUGUCGGUCAUCACCAACGCCUUUGUCAUCGCCGUUACUUCGGACUUCAUCCCCCGCCUUGUUUACGCCUACAAAUAUGGACCUUGCGCCGGUCAGGGCCGAGCAGGGGAAGGCUGUAUGUUGGGCUACGUGAACGCCAGUCUGUCGGUGUUCCGGGUGUCGGACUUCGAGAAGCGGUCGCACCCCAGGACGAACGGCUCCGAGCUGUUCGAAGAGGCCGUGAAGUACUGCAGGUAUCGCGACUACAGGGAGCCUCCAGACUCGACCGAGCCCUACUCCUACACUCUGCAGUUCUGGCACGUCCUGGCCGCCCGGCUUGCUUUCAUCAUCGUUUUUGAGCACAUGGUCUUCGCCAUCAAGACCCUGAUCGCGUACCUAAUCCCCGACCUCCCCAAGGACCUGCGGGACCGGAUGCGGCGCGAGAAGUACCUGAUCCAGGAGAUGAUGUACGAGGCCGAGCUGGAGAGGCUGCAGAAGGAGAAAAAUGAGAAGAAGAAGAAAGAGAAGGCCCAUCACAAGGAGUGGCCCUGA